AUGGACCUUAACAACGAAACCUUUUUGGUUACCUUUAGCAACGAUCAAGACUAUCUAUCAGCGAUCACUGGUGGGCCUUGGGUGAUUCUAGAUCACUAUCUUUUAGUUCAUCAGUGGACGCCACAUUUCCGAUCAACAGAUAAGCCGCAUCGAUCGGUUGUGGCAUGGGUUCAGUUCCCCGAUUUACCGGUUCACUUUUACCACAGAGAGGUUUUAUUUGCAAUUGGAAAUCUGGUUGGCAGAACAGUGAAGCUAGACUACCACACUGAAACUCUUCAAAGGGGAAAAUUUGCCAGAAUUGCUAUAGAGCUCGACAUGACAAAGCCGUUGCCGACGAGGAUCUACCUGGACGGCGCUUGGCAGCAGGUUCUAUACGAAAAUCUUCCCCAAAUUUGCUAUGAAUGUGGAAAAAUUGGGCACACGGAGGACCUCUGCCCCAAUCGCCAGGAAAUGAAUCAAUUUGCUCUGGUCACGAUCCCGAAUAGCAAUGAGCUGGCAGCUUCUCCGGUAACUUUGCCGAUCGCUUCCUCGCCGGAACCACCCUCCGGGUAUGGCCCUUGGAUGCAGGUUACCCGCAAAUCGCGCCGCUCCAAGCAGUCAACAGCAAAAUCGGGAAAUCAAAUCAACUUUCCUUUAGGAGCAAACGGAGAUUCAGGACGGAUUGGUAUUAAGAAAGGAAAGUCUGAGACCAAUAGGGAAGGUGAGGGUGCUGUGUAUAAAGGAAAGAAGGAAAUAAGAGAUGAGCAAAAGAAGAUUCAGCAAACGGCUCCAAAAAAAGAAAAAGGGAAAGAAGUAGCUUAUGAAGGGAAGGUUGUUAACGGGAAGAAGAAGAGCAACGGCUCUUUGGAAUGGAGGGUGGUGGACCCGAAGGAAAAACAAGGAAACCUGGGCCAAAAUCUGGUGGUCCAAGCCUCAAGCUCGGCCCAAAUUUCUUCUGAUGUCCAGAGCUUCAAGGCCUCAAAUCCAGUAGAGGGACCUAACAACACCAAAAUCCACAUCAUCUCAGUCUCACAUCCGGUCCCUGGUCAGAAGGAGAAUGUCGAUCCAAAUUCAAACACACCUUCAGCCCGCCAACGGUCACAGAAAAAGAAAGCAGAGGGGGAUCAGAACCCAAUUUCGAGCAAGGGCAUCAAUCUUAAGGCUACUAAGAAGCCUCUGCAACUAACCUCUUCGAACAAAAAAAGUGCUUCUCUCAAGUUGAAGGAUAAUGCCUUCCCUAUUACCCUUAAAGCUAUCGAGGAGUUCUUUGCACAUUCUCAAAUUAAAGAAAAUGAAUACAAGCAGAUCCUGGCUGGGAAAGAGAUUGAUGUGGUCAUGGGAGAUUCACACUCUGCAUCCCCGGCGGUUACUACAGCGGCUGCCACCUCUGAUGCGGUUCCGACGAACUUGGACAGGGCGAUCUCUCCUAUUGCUUAG